GAGAGAGCCCGUUAUAAGACUUGGACACAGCGACGCGUCCUGGCUCACCGGAAACAGGGGGACCACUUCCGCUUGAAAGUAGGCGGGUGGAAAUAGUAACAGCUAUUUUGAGUUUUACUGAACAGCUUUCCUGGGGUGGUGGCGGUGGUAGCUUCGCAAGGAACGCUGGGAGUUGUAGUUUUCGUCCCGACGCGGAGGGGGGAUUGUGUGUGUGCGCUUUUCCCCCGCCAGGGCCCCGCGCGCAAGCCUCUUCGGCCGAAUCUGAGCGCGCUCUGGCCUUUCCCCGCUGGGACGGUAUAAGGUCCUUGGUGUGGUUGAUCCAGCCACCACGGCUGGAAAGUAAAAGGAAAAGCGGCGGGCGCUACUCCGUUUGCGGUGGGGGCUGGUUUGUUUUUGUGACGGAGACUGAGGUGGCGGCGGCAGCAGCGGCGGGUUGCGUCUUGAUAUAUUUCAGCCAUGACUAAAAGAGAAGCAGAAGAACUGAUAGAAAUUGAAAUUGAUGGAACUGAGAAACAAGAGUGCACUGAAGAAAGCAUUGUUGAGCAAACUUACACAACUGCAGAAUUUGUGAGUCAGGCUAUUGAUAUCAAUGAACCAGUUGGAAAUCUUAAGAAACUCCUGGAACCAAGACUUCAGUGUUCGUUGGAAGCACAUGAAAUCUGUCUACAGGAUAUACAGUUGGAUCCAGAUCGUAGUCUUUUUGAUCAAGGUGUGAAGACAGAUGGAACAGUGCAGCUUAGUGUCCAAGUAAUAUCAAGGCAAGGAAUAGAACCAAAGUUAAACAUCCUUGAAAUUGUAAAGCCAGUAGAAACUGUUGAAGUAGUGAUUGACCCAGAUGCCCACCAUACUGAAACUGAGGCACACCUUGUUGAAGAAGCUCAAGUGAUAACACUAGAUGGAACAAAACAUAUUACCACCAUAUCUGAUGAAACAUCUGAACAAGUAACUCGGUGGGCUGCAGCAUUAGAAGGCUACCGAAAAGAACAAGAACGUCUAGGAAUACCCUAUGAUCCAGUACAGUGGUCAACUGACCAGGUACUGCAUUGGGUAGUAUGGGUGAUGAAGGAAUUCAGCAUGACAGACAUAGAUCUCAAUACUCUUAGCAUUCCUGGGAGAGAGUUGUGCAGCCUCAGUCAAGAGGACUUUUUCCAGAGGGUCCCUCGAGGAGAAAUCCUUUGGAGCCAUCUGGAACUUCUUCGAAAAUAUGUGCUGGCUAGCCAAGAACACUCUGGAGAAAUAGCUACAGUUACUAUUGAUCAACCUGUGCAAAUUAUUCCAGCAUCUGUACAGCCUUCUACUCCAACCACUAUUAAAGUCAUAAACAGUAGCGCAAAGACAGCAAAAGUGCAGAGAGCACCAAGGAUUUCAGGAGAAGACAGAAGUUCACCUGGGAACAGAACAGGAAACAAUGGCCAGAUCCAACUCUGGCAGUUUUUGCUGGAGCUUCUAACUGACAAAGAUGCUCGAGACUGCAUUUCGUGGGUUGGCGAUGAAGGAGAGUUCAAACUAAAUCAACCAGAGCUAGUUGCACAGAAAUGGGGGCAACGUAAAAAUAAACCUACUAUGAACUAUGAGAAACUCAGUCGUGCUUUACGAUAUUACUACGAUGGGGACAUGAUCUGCAAAGUACAAGGCAAGAGGUUUGUAUACAAGUUUGUCUGUGACUUGAAGACUCUCAUUGGGUAUAGUGCAGCAGAGUUGAAUCGGUUGGUCACAGAGUGUGAACAAAAGAAACUGGCAAAGAUGCAACUCCAUGGCAUUGCACAACCAGUCACAGCAGUCGCACUGGCUACAGCAUCCCUGCAAGCAGAAAAGGAUAACUAAGUACCAGGACCUAAAAGCUUGGGAGCAUGAGGCCUUUUUUGUAUAUUGAGAAGUUUCUGGUCUUUAAAGUAGGAGCUACUUUGUUCCUUGGCAGUUCAGUAUGAUGCAUGGUUUUUCUAUGGAGAACUGAGACUCCCGUAAAUUUGGAUCUUUUUCACCUUAAGGUAUCUGUUUCAUGUACUGUACGUUAAAGGCACUCCACAGAUUCUUCAACAUGAAGACAGAGCUGUUGUGGCAAGUUGUCUGGGAUUGGUAAGAAAACUCAAACUUGGUUGGUGCCAUGUAAUGCCCUACUUGUAAUUUGUCUAAUGUUUUAAGAAAGUGAAGCAUUUACACAACAUACGUCAAUAUUUUGAAUUUAGUUCUCUGUACUUCUGUUCCUAAGCUACCAGAAUGAAAGUGUAUUUCCAGAGAUAAAACAGCUUCUCUUUACCAUGCUCAUUAUUAUUUAACAUAUCAAGCUUUAAGAAACACACAGAAAAGUACUUUGCUCCUAAGGUGAGUUCUCUGUUUAUUAGCAGAGAAGUGUAAUUUAGGCAGAAUUGGAGAUCACUGCUGAAAAGAGAUCCAAGUUAAAAAUCUAGCAAGGUUAAAAACCAAUUAUGAGUAUUUUGAUAUAAUAUGUAGAUAACGUGUAUUUGAGAGAAAGUGUUUAACUAUCUUGAGAGACAUUGCUAAGCUUAAUGUGUGGCACAAAUUUUUUUCCACAUUUUUCCUGUUAGGAUUACAAACUUGAAAUGCUGUCUCUCAUCCAAAGAAUAGGUUUUGCUUUGUUUUCAUUACACUGCAGAGUAUAUCAGCUGAUUCUGCUUAUACUUGCACUGUAGUUGACUUUGAACUGAAGACUUUAAUCACAGACAGAAGCCCCUUCUUGUUGAGAAACAAAAUGUAAUCUGCAGCUAAAUUGAUGUUUGACUUCUCAAUGUUAUAUAGACUGCUAUAUUAAAAUACAUAAACAUGCAGUUUUCUUCAAAAUAUUUAGUUUCCAAGCUGUUCUUUGAUGCAGAAAAGGAUGUGUAAUAUUCAUAGUUCAUUUAUUUGAUAACAUUUUUAAAAAGAUACCUAAUUUAAUCCAGAUAUGCUGAUGCUGUUUUUCUUUGCCUUCCAUUUGUUUGCAUUAAUAUUAUGUUCUGAAUGCAGGCUUUUCAUUAAAUCAUCAUAAUUAAAAGAACAAACUCCUUAGAAGUUGUGAUUUCACUUAACAGGCAAUAAAAGUACAGAUGUUAAAAAGACGGCCUUCAUUCUGAAGAACUAGUCACUCAGUUGAGAAGCAAGCUUACUUACAAUAAUAAGCAUAGAACAUAAAAUGUGGCUAGGCCUGGGAACAUUAGAUUACAGCUGUAAUUACCGUAAGGGCUCCAUUCACUGCUAGCUAUACUUGCUUAUUUUCAGACUACUUGGAAACUUAAAAGAAGAUAUUGUGGUGUUUAAAUAUCAUUUUAGGCAAAGAAAACAUUUAAUGUUUGGAUGAUACUUAAUGUUUUGGCAGCCAGUUCAGUCCAUUAACUUCAGUGGAACUUGUAUUUAAUACCACAGGAUUGCAAUGCAAGUUCAACUAUUGUUUCAUGCUAUUAGUCAAACUGGUUAAGAAUACUUUUCUCUCUCCAAGUCUGAAGGAUAAUUAUGGUAAGAGAAAAAACGACUUUAAUUAUAUAUCAAGAAUUUGAACUCUUCUAUGCAUCACAGGAGCCAUUAGUCCAUAGCUUGGGGGGGGGGCUAUGCACCUGAAAAGAUGGGUUUCAGCAUUUUGUGCAGUGCUAAAGAAGGUAAGCAACGUAACUCAUGUUGCUAGUUUAUAUUCACCUCUUUAAGAUGUUUGAAGUGUACCAAUCAUCUAAUUUUUCCUAUAAAAGGAGGCAGGCUGUAAACCUUGAGGCAGACUGCAAAUUUCAUGUAUUAAUGCUGUCAUAUAUAUACUCAGCUAUGCACAUAAUAGAAUAAGCCAUAUUAGGGAACAUGGCAUAUGGCCUUUAUAAUAUAUACAUCGGAUUUGUUUUCUGAAUUUUAAAAUUUCAUACUUCCUUUGUAAGUUUGUUGCACUUGUAAUAUUUUUCCCAUGUAAAGAGUCUGGAUGUGUUUUAAAAACAGUACAUCUCAGUUUUAUUGUGGGGGACAAUCUGUGACUAAUUUGAGGUCUUCAGUAAGAGGGUAUGGAUUAUUGUAUGUCAUAUAGCAUUGUGUGGCUGUCAGAAUAAAAAUAUAGAAGGUAUAUUCCCAAUUUUUUAAAAUGGAGGGGUUUUGCAUACAUUUUUACUCUUUUAAGGACACAUAUUCUGCUAAUUAUGUAUUUCUUUUUGUGUUGAAUUUUUUGGUAAUUUUACAUGAAACAAUUAUUUUCUAUUUUUACUCUUAAAAUAUUUGUGCAUAAA